AUGGGUGCUUGUCUGUCUUGUAAAAAUGAGCAGGGAUCACGGCAUGAGAAAACUUAUACCACUCUUAGCUUCAGGAGAAAGAGAAAGAAACUUGUAUCAGACUUAGACAGUAAAGAAGAAGAUGUGGCAGCAUUUAGACAACUUGGUGGAAGAAUUGCCCCCCGGGUCAGUCCCCAUGACAGAAACCUGGUGGACUAUCAAGUCAGAGAUAUAGAAGGUCGCUACAAUGAUUUACGCCAGCGUUCCAAACAUCAGAAGCAGGCGUGUGAGGUGGUGAUCAUCAGCAGAGAGACGUUGUUGAAGGACUUGGAUGGCUACGUGGCAUGGCUGAAGGAGAGAAAGAAGAUGGUGGGAAGCCAGCUAUCUCUGGGGCAUGGGGUCCAAAAUGUACAGCAGCAGUUGCAUGAGCAUAAUAUUAUCUGCAAAGAAAUAGAGAGCAAACACACCGUGCUGGAGUCCGUGAGCAGACAAAGAGAGACACUGCUUUCUGAGCUCAGCCACCCAGAGCGGGAAUCAGUUGACAAACAGAUCCAGUCUGUUCAGAAAGAGCACAGCCAACUUCACAACAACGCCCUCACAAAACAGAAGCUUCUCUCUAGGAGUCUGGAGCUCCGAGAGGAGUUCUACCAGAGCUACGAGAAAAUAACAAUCUGGGUUGUGGAAAAGGAGAGGAUUGUUGGGAAAAUUGACACCAUAAGGCUGUAUGCUGUGGAAGUGGAGAGGCAGCAUGAAAAAUACAAGACUUUGCUGACAGAGGUUACUUCCAUGGAGGGUACACUAGAGGAAGUGGUGACCCAGGGAAGAAAUCUCCAGACUGACUGUGAUGAGCAGGGGACUUCUGAGCUGGAGACAAUGUUGAAGGAACUACUUGAAAGAUAUCAAACAAUGAAAACACGCCUGUCUGAGCAUGUCACCACUUUGAGGAUGAGCCUAACCGUCAGGAGGAAAUAUGAGUCCAAUAUUCAGAGACUAGAACUGUGGCUAAAGGAAGUAGAGCUUACCAUCACUACUGAGAUCAGACUGGACUGUACAAUAGAGCUGAUAGAGGAACAGCUCAAGAAAUAUCAGAGUUUGUUGCAGAAGAUAGCUGAAUAUGAAGUUCUCAGUGAUGAAGUGACCUCUCAAGGUCAGAGUUUCCUGGGGUCACUCAGCGAAGCAGACAAGCUGACUCUGCAAGCACAGAUUAAAACACUCAGGGAUAGACAUCAGAGGAUAUCCAACCUGGCCAAACAGCGUGUGAAGACACUGGAGGACACUGUAUAUGCCAGGGGUCAGCUGGACGAUGAGAUCUCCCAGUGCGCCAGGAUCCUGAACUCACUGCAGGAAGAUGUUCGCAGGCUGAACAAACCUCUGGCCAUCAAAGCGGUAGAGGUCCAGAAGAUGCUGGCCCAGUGUGAGAAACUGCAGACCCAGUUGAAUGAUUACCAGCCAACCAUCAUUGCUCUCAACCAAUCAAAAGACAGUAUGGCAGCCAAAGGUCAAACCACAGAAGCCUCGGAACUGUCUCGCUUGACGAUGACCUUUGACCAGGUCAUGAUGCAGGUGGAACAGUCCUACGCCAGGUUGGAAAAUGCUGUUACAAUCAGGCAGCAUUAUGAGAGUCUGAAGACAGAGUUUGAAACUUGUUUGAAGGAGAGCCAAGAACAACUGGAUGCAGUCAGUGAGCUUGGCAUACCAACUCCAACUAAAUUUGACAGAUACAAAGCUGUCCACACCAUCCUAGAGGAGCAAGAACUCCAGCUGGCCACCAUAAUGGACAAAGGGCAGCAGAUAGCCAUUGAGUGCAACACCACUGACCAGAGGACAGUGGCAGACCAAAACCAAAGCCUCAAGCAGAAAUUUGAUAAAUUGCUCCGUGCAGUUGAGAAGAAAACGGAGGAGCUGGACAAAAUCAUGUCAGACAGGAGAGACUUUGAGACUGAAAUGGAUAAGACUUUAGAGUGGUUGCAGUCGAAGAACAGAGAGAUUGUGGUCCAGGUUCCUCUCAGUAUGGAGGCUGAUGAGGUGGAGGUGGAGAUCAAGAAACACAAGGUUGUUGCUGAUGAAAUAAACAGCCAUCUAAGAGAAGUACAAACCAAGAUAGCUCAGCAGAGAGCUCACUUUGAAGAGCUUGAUGAAAUUAUGCCUAUUGAGAUGACAGACAGAUUAGAGCAAUACGAAAAUGACAGAGCAGCUUUGCAGGUACAUGUAUAA